AUGAGUAAGGAUUCAUGCAUUAUGGACCAGAAUGCUUGUCGAACGAGGCACAUUGCUGCCAACCUUGAGCACGGUGCUGAUGGUAGCACAACUCUUCGCACGACUGUUCAACAUGAACCUCUGCGUCAUGGUGCAGACGGGGAACUACAGGAGGAUGUCACCUCCAAUCCAGCAGAAGUUCAAGACGUUGGCUGGUACGAGGACCAGAUAAGACGCGAAGACUAUGCCAUUGAUGGUAUAAAGAACGAAGAUGUCUGGCUUCUGGUCCGAAGGUUUAAUAAACGUGUCUUUCAUCUCAAACAUGCCCCGAAUCACCCAGAAGAUGAGAUGGAUUUCGAGGUUGCUGAAGAGGAGCAAUUCUCACCAAACAAGCUGCGAGCACAAAUCGAAAGACUUUACAUGGGGGCGAUACUUAGCUUCAUUAUGUUCAGGCAACACCUCUCAAGACUCCAAUCCUGGAGGGAACCAAGGCGAACAUCAUGUUUCUGUCUAGUUUAUCUCGGUGCAUGGUAUUUCGACUUCCUCAUGCCAACACUGUUGACAGGUUUUAUGGCCAUCCUGCUCUCUCCCAUAAUUCGGAAUACCCUCUUCCCACCUUGUCCGCCUUCAAUAGUCCAUUACCAAGGUGGCCACUUGAUCAAGCCGGCAUCCGGUAUUCUGGGCACGGUCGGUACAGCUACAGGUGCCCCAGAGAGCCUCAAAGGUGAGACUCUGGAGAGAGAAGCCAGCAACUUCGCAACAGGCCUUGUGGCUCUGUCUAUCAACAUAUUCGUCGAUAAGGAUCCACAGCACGACGAGUCACAGAGAGGAGGUGGAAAGACCGUCAACCUUCCGGAUCCAAGAUCGUUAGCUACUAGGAUAGCGACUGCAAAGGAUAAGGCAGCUGGAAUCGAGAAGCCGUCUUGGGACAAGAGCAAAUCGCCUAUGCAGGAGCUUAUGUGGAGUCAGAUGAGACCACUGAUGCAUUGGAUAUGCCGCUUCUGCGAUAUUUGGGAGAGAAGCGCGAAUCUCAUUGACCCAACUGCACCUUUUCCAAGAGAUGCUGCACAGCAUCGAAUCGUGCAAAUACUGCUCCCGCUUGUGCUAUUAUCGACUUUCACAUCCUGUUACAUGUUUUACAGAGUUGUUACGUUGGCUCUUGGGGUUGGCUUCUUUGGUAGCAUCUUCUUGAGAAACUCUUACGGCUGGCUAAAGCAUAAUAUGGAAAGAACUGUAUUCCGUGGAAUACCAACAGAUUCCCAAUUAACAAUAGCUCUCCUACGACAGGGUGAACGAAACAAAGCCCCUCUGCCACCAUCCCCCGAACCGAAAGGUCCACCUCUCGACAAACCUCUCGUCCUUGAUGAUGAUGCUCUGAGUGCAUCAGCUGGUGAUCGUCCAGUGGGAGAGUCACCCGAGGAGAUUCGAAGAGCGGUUCAGGAAGAACCUGGAGUUGUCCAAGGCACCGGUGGUGACGACCAUGAGUACCCUGACCAUGAGAGCGGCGGAAAAAGACGCGGCAAAAUCUUGGGGGUUGUCAAACCUGUUGUUCAGGCGGCGGCAAAGACAGUCAUAGGUGUCAACAAAAUCCGAGCAAAGACUGGAACGGUAUCAGCUAAGAACCGGGUCGGAGCUGCAUCGACCAGGGACGAACCGUCGAUUGCUGGACCGGUCGAGUUCACAUGCCGCUGGCAGGGAGAAAAGGGAUUUGUAUAUCUCACUACAGACACUGAUUCUCCGCGCCUAUGCUUUUCGAGAAGAUCAGUCGGCGAUUCGGAUGAUUCAAGCUAUCACGAGGUACUGCCAACUUGGACCAUACCGGUGAAUGGAAUCACAACGCUGAACAAAUAUUCUGGAUACGGAGCUAAAGCAAAACUUCUUGCUGGAUGGGCCUUGGAAAGUGAAAUCACAGAUGGGUUGGAAAUAGUUGAAAGCGAUGGGAAGUCCUUUCUAAUAACAGCAAUGGCUCGGAGAGAUCAGCUGUUCAAUCGACUUUGUGCUAUUGGUGAUCAAAAAUGGGAAAUCUGGUAG